UCAGUACGCUCGCUGCGGCUGCUGUGACGGUUGUGAUGAGCCAGCCCGAAUUGUAUCUGGGUGCUUCAGAUCUUCAAUCAAUCCGAACAAUGCGGCGUGAGACAACAUCGACUUGUCGUAGUAUUGAAGGGCAUAGGUGAAGCAGAGGACGGGCAUGAGGCGCCAGUCGAUCUUGCGCCUCAGCUUCCGUUCUUCGGCAACCUCCCAAGACGUGGGACCAUCGUAGCUGUUCAACACUUUUGCAGCUUCAUCGCCUGCUUCUGUCGGCUUGAUGAUAUCCGGGUUGCUGACAGUCUCCUCGUGAUGCGUGGAGGAUUCGAUCUUUUCGUGGUCGGCCAUUUUGCAGGAUGAGGGGAAGGUCGGAAGAAGUGAACCAGAGGUGGAAUACUUCUCCUUCGAGUGGUGGCCAAACCAUUGUUACAUAUAGUCACGGUCAAAGCAGACUCUUGGACGUCCUGCCACACUUGCAUGGCGCCGAGUGGACCGGAAGAUGCCAUGAGAAGAUCUUGUCUCCAUUUCACUCGGUUGUCCGUCUCCCGAGGCUGCCAACAGCCGCCCAUUUGCCUGCGACGCUCGUCAACAGUCUUCCUGAACAUGCGAAAAGCCGGGCCGUUAGGUUGUCCUUGCGCCCCAAUGCCGAGCUUGCCAAUGUCGGAGUACGUCCUACCCCAUGGGCAUCUCGAAGUAUACUGACAGCCUCGGUCCUUUCUGUGAAGGGCAUGCGCUCACGUGCCAUGGCGCCGAGAUGCCAAUGCUCUUUAUACGGGACACCCUUUCCAACCAAGGGCAGCAGUGUCCAGACUCUGUGCGGAUAUGUUCAUCCGGACGUGGUUGACAUGGUGCCGGGCGAGGCUCAGCAACGUCACGGUGAGGACCGGUCGGGAUGCCAUGAAACAAGUGAAGGGUUGAAACGGGAUGACCUUACCGGAGGACAGCGAGUGGAGAGCUUCAAAAGCACAUCCUCACCAGAUACCGAGGAGAAGACGGCGUGCGAUUGAAACACCCACAAAUGCACGCAAUGUUGAAACGAGGCCUCUACAGAUACACUUCUUCACCAGCUCUUCGUCAUGUCGUGCUCGUGGCGCCUACCAGUGGAUAUGGGCGCUUUUCGAAAUGCGAAA